AUGGAGGAAUUUUUGGAGUUAUCAGCAGACACGGCAGAGGAUGACAGAAUCUUAGACCGGAUUAAGCUGUUGGCGCAGGAAUCGUUACUGGUUGGCUGGUUAAACUGGAAGACGUUGGAUCUUUUCAAAGUAACUCUGUUUGAGAAUAAGCUGAAUGUGGACCCAGAGAUAUUGAAUAAACUGCGUUUUGCUUUACCAACAGUAGGUUUGGCUCAAACUUUUAAUCCACUGUCUGUGGAUUUACCAGAGAAACAAUAUCGCGAUCUUAAGCUUCACGCGUCGCCAGUUUUCGACUCGCUGAAGGUUAACACGCAUUUGGAAGGUUUAGUUUCAAAAUCUUACAAUCAAAAGUUUUUGGAGCGAGCGGAUGAGUUAACGGGAUCUUUAACUCAUGGCUUAUUGAAACAAAGACAAAUACUGAUGGAGGGAAUAAAAUCUUUGGCCGCCAAACAUACGGGAGCUUAUGAGGAUAUCAAGCAAAUGUUCUUAGGAGAAUCCCAAUUCAAAGAGGUUUCGGAUGAUUUAUUGCAGUUCACGUGUGCCAGAAGGGCGGAGAUCAUUGAAAUGCGAAGAAAGGCCUUAAAACCCAAGGAACAGCAACACGUAGCCAAGUUGUCGGAAAUUCCUCCAUCACAGACUCAUUUAUUCGAUAUAGAUCUACUCUCCAAAUUUCUCGAUCAGCGAGGAGGCCUGAGUAAAAUUUUUUCGAAGGUCGAUGACCACUAA